UACUACUACAUCCACUAAUUCUAAAAGCUUUGUAUGGGAGCAUUUUAAUAGAGUUACUGAUAAUAAUGGAAUAAUUUGGGCUAAAUGCAAAUAUUGUUUAUCUGGUAAAUAUAAAAUGAGUGGAACAGGUGGUUCAACAGGCAAUUUAAAACGUCAUCUCCAAAAUCAUCAAGACAAGAUUAAUAAAGAAAAGUUGGUUCAUUGGAUUAUCACUGAUUAUCAACCAUUUACUGUGGUGGAAUCUCCCGAAUUUUGUGACAUGAUUAAAUUUUGUAAUCCAAGUGUAUUCAUCCCUUCAGCUGACACUAUUCAUAAUGACAUAUUAAAAUCAUUCAAAAAUCAUCAAUCAAUCAUAAAGCAUGAAUUACAAAACAUACCUGGAAAAAUAAGCUUUGCUGUAGAUAUGUGGACAUCAUCAAAUGCUUUGCCAUUCUUAGCAAUAACUUGUCAUUAUCUUGACAAUGAUUGGAAUAUCAAAAAUCUUCUUCUUGAUUUCAUAUACAUUUGUGGUGCACAUUCUGGUGAAAAUAUAGCCAAUUAUUUUAUAAACAGCACUUGUGAUAUGAAUAUUUUAACCAAAAUUCUUGCUGUCACAGCAGAUAAUGCUGCAAACAAUGAAACAUUUCUUAAAACUGUUGAAAAUUAUUGUGAAGAAAAUUUUAUUGACUUCCAUCACAAAGAAAAUCAGGUACGUUGCUUGGCACAUGUCAUGAAUCUCACAACUCAAAAGAUAUUAAAAAAUAUAAAAGCUGGUGAAGCACAAGAAGAAAAUCAAAUAUUGGGAGAUGAUAAUAAUGCAGUUGAAAUAAUACCCAAGUUAAGGAAAUUAAUUGCAAAAAUAAGAUCCUCACCUCAACGAAGGGAAAAAUUUUCUCGUCAAUGUGGAACAAAUAAUAAAACAUUUAAUUUAAUUCUGGAUACAAAGACUUGUUGGAAUUCGACAUUCCAAAUGUUAAAACGAGCUUUUGAAUUCAAAGAACCUUUGAAUGAAAUAACUUUACUUGAUAAAGAUUUAUCUGAAUAUUAUAUUGAAGAUAAUGAAUGGGAAAUUGUUGAUCAAUUAUGCAAAGUGUUUCAAGUCUUUAACAGUGCAACUGAAUACAUGUCUGCUUCUAAAUAUAUAACUCUUUCAUCUUCUAUUCCUAUGUACAAUUCUUUACUUGAGCAUUUAGAAAACAUUAUGUAUGUGGAUUUUGAUAAUUAUUCUAAAGAAAUAAUUGAUGCUGUAAGGAUGGGAUAUGAAAAACUAAAAUCUUACUAUGCUAAAAGUGAUCAAUCUAAUAUCUACCCAAUAGCAACAA